AUGGGACGCCAUGGUUUAAGAGAGAUGAGCGAAACCGGGAAGCUGUUUACAGAAUUCUGUGGUAAUAACAACAUGGUGAUUGGUGGAUCGCUUUUCCCCCACCGACUAGCACAUAAGGUCACGUGGGUUUCCCGCGACGGCCGAACAGAAAACCAAAUCGACCACAUCUGCAUCCCCCGAAAAUGGAGAAGAAGUCUUCUUGAUGUACGCAACAAGCGCAGCGCCGAUAUUGCAUCCGACCAUCACCUUGUCAUCGCUGAGAUACGCCUGCGCGUCACUCGCGUUCAACGGCGGGAGGAGAAAGUUGGAUGUCGUUACGACGUCUGCCGGUUGGAGAACCCUGAUGUGAAAAGGGCAUUUGUUGAACAACUUGUAUCACGAGCCUCGGAGUUGCCAGUUUGUGGAUCUGUUGAAGAGCUAUGGAGUAGCAUCAAGAACGCCUUUAUCACAACCAGUGAAGAAACCCUCGGCGAAGUACGCAGCACGCGGAGGGAGUGGAUUUCAGAUGAAAUCUGGAGGAUGAUUGACGAGCGGAGAGAAGCGAAAGCUGGCAUUGAGCAAGCGCGAACCAGAGCGGCUAAGACAGACGCUCGUCAACGAUACACCGAGCUGGAGAAGGCUGUUAAGAGGGCUUGA